CUAUGGAGGAUUUAGCACCUGGGUUUCGUUUUUACCCUACGGAAGAAGAGUUGAUCUCCUUUUAUCUGCAUAACAAGUUAGAAGGGAAGAGAGAAAACCUGAACCAGGCUAUUGAUCGUGUUAUACCUGUUCUUGAUAUAUAUGACUUCAAUCCAUGGGAUCUCCCACAAUUAUCCGGAGAAUUAUGUCGUAAAGACCCUGAACAGUGGUUUUUCUUCAUUCCGAGACAAAAGAGGGAAGCCCAAGGAGGGAGGCCAAACCGACUCACUGUCACUGGAUAUUGGAAAUCUACUGGUUCACCUGGUUAUGUCUACUCUUCUUCUAACAAUCGGUGCAUUGGCAUGAAAAGGACCAUGGUUUUCUAUACCGGAAGAAUUCCAAAUGGACGAAAGACUGAAUGGAAAAUGAAUGAAUAUAAAGCCAUACAAGAAGCAUCCUCUUCAACUGGUCCUAAUGCGAUGCUAAGGCAAGAAUUUUGUCUGUGCCGUGUGUACAAGACUUCAAAAUGCCGGAGAACAUUUGAUAGAAGGCCAACUGGAGCGCAGAUAGGUGAACCAAGUGUUGGACAAGUUAGCAGCAAUGAAGCAAGCACAAGUCAGCAAAACCCAGAAUUAAUGGUGGACAAAAGAGGUACAAGUGAGGGUUCAUUUUCACAAGAACAUGGCCCUCCCUCUCAAAUGACACUGGCUACGGACAAUGAACCACUGUGGGAUUGGGAGGACUUAUAUAAUUGGUAUCAUUUUGUUGAAGAUCAGAUGCAUAUAUAG